AAAAUAUUCAAGGGCCCAUGUCGUUUUUGAGCCAUGUCGCGUUUCACUGUUCCCAUUUUCACUAUUACUAUCAUAUUACGAAAGUGGUCCAAACUAUGAACGCCGUGUCCCCAAGCGUCUUCUGAGCAGGGAGACAGGGGUUUAAUUUGUGAUACGAAUUACUGUUUUUUCAGCUCGUCAGGGUGCGUUUGACUUCAAUCUGAGCGUUUCGGUGUACAUGAUACCCGGGCAUGGUCGGCGCCACAUGCGCCGUGGUUUGUCACGGAGGGAUUGAUGGGCGCAGACAGUAUCCACUCCCGUGAAGUGGAGAAUAUUACGGGAUGAAGGGUGUAGUGUCAGGAGAGCUAGUAACUGAUUAUUUCCGCCUUGCCGGAUUUCAGUUGAUAUUUUCACGCCGAAGUAAGACAAAACCGAGAAGAGGGUAGCUUGAUUUUUAGUGAGUCUUGGAGUUUAAAUGCCAUGUGAGACUACAAAUUCUCGAGGAAAUCCUGGGAUUCAACCCAGGGCCAAGGCUCUGGCGCAGCCAUGGGGUGACGGGUCGGAGUCGUCAAAGACGGAGGCAAUGAGUGAAGCGGUCAGAAGGAUGAGUCAUGUGCGGCAUCAGUUGGUCAGCUUUGGUCGCGUGAUUGCCAUCACGAAAAACUCGAACAAAGUGAAAUGUGGACCCUGUAUCCUUCCUGUGCAGACGCACGUCAGCGACGUCAAAGAGAAUUGCUCUUGAUCUCGCGGGUCCGCGAUUUGACGGUCCCUGAGAUUCGCGAACAGCAGGAUGGCGGUGGUGCCAGCUGUUUGCUCGAUGUGUGUCUGACCAGAUAAGUGAUCCAACCUUUUGAAUUGAUUUGUGGGUGUUUGAGGGGCCUCUCUAGGUCGGCUCCGAUGGCAUGCCUGUGCUUACUGUCGCGCGGCAGCAUGAAUCCAGGCAAUGCACACGGAUUCCACACCAGCCGUGACACGCCCAGUAAAUCUCUGGACCUUUAAGUAGUCUCCCCCUCCGUGCAAGGCACCAACUUUCUUCGCCCUCCUAAAGAUGGUCAACCCAUCACUGGACCAAGUAGCUCUCAUCUCGAUGGUGACGGAAUCCUUUCUUUUCGGGGUCCUUACCACCAUGUACGCGGCGAUCCUGCGAUCGUUCCUUGGCAGAAAGGCGUCCAAGAACAUACAUCGCGGUACCAGGGUACUGCCCACAGUCUCAGUCAUCUGGAGCCUCGCGUUCGCUCACUGGAUAAUCGAUAUCAGCCGAGUCCAGAUCGCUUUCCUCGGGUCGCAUCCCAGCGAUCCCGUUGCAUAUCUGUCGGACUUCUCGACGUUGAUCGACGCGGCCAAGUCUGUCAUCAACGUGACAGUCACUUUGCUCGCAGACUGGUUUAUGAUAUACCGCUGUUGGGUGAUCGGGGAGAGGUCGUAUCUCAUCAUCGCCAUCCCUGCGUUCCUGUGGCUGUCAGCAGGGGUUGCUGGUUCGGGCCUGACGUAUCUUCUGUUCAAACUGCACACAGACUACAUGGCUCUUCUCGAAGUCGCCGGGCCAUGGAUCAUCACUUACCUCUCUGCAACACUGGCGACCAACUUGUUUUGCACACUGUUCGUUGCAUAUCGCAUUCUUCGCUCUCUUCUUGCCGUAAGGACGUCUCAGCGGCUGCACAGCCGAGCACUCGGUGCGGUGAUCGUCUUCCUCGAGUCAGCCGCCCUGUAUUCGGCGAUUUUGGUAGCUAUGUUGGUUACUUUUCUGCUGGACUAUAAUGGCCAGUUUGUUCUUGUUGAUUGCAUGUGUGCUUUGAUAGGAAUCACAUUCAGCAUGAUCAUUCUACCUAUCCUGAGCCCCUUGCAGUCGCAGUCAACCGGGUUGAUAUCCACGCGGGUCACACCGCGGAUUACCCUUGAGGGUCCGAGUAUCACUGGGUCGAGAUUAGUGGAAGUGGUUUCUGAUAAUGAUUUCGAGAUGAAGUCUCUUCCACCAUCCAAACAUACCAGUGUUGUUUAAGCCGUAAUCUAUUAUGGGUCUUGGGACAUUCCUUCGAAUAUCUAUUGCAUUACUUGAACUGCACGUCGAUAAGGGAUGCACGUGAUCGUUUCACUCGACCCAUUUCGGGUCUGCACACAUUCUCGAGCCUAGAUUUCAAUGCGCCAGCUUUCCUGCUCGAUGUAGA